UUCAUUGCUCCUUGCCAUCUUCCUUUUUUUUUUUUUUUUUUUUUGAAAUCAUGCUCAGGUAUCAAAGAGUUAAAGUCUGUGGUUGGCGAAGCAGUCAUGCCACCAUUUCAAAUUUAAUUUUCGGUAAAAAUAAGUUCAGCUUAACAGAACUGAAACAACCAGUGUUUUCACUUGUAGCAGCAAAAUAGAUAAUUUUUUUUCUAACUUUGGUCAAAUCUGAUUUAAGAGGUUUCGCUGUUGCUCAACGCUGGCAGCACAGGAAGCCCGAGAAAUCCAAACAGAGGAAGCUGUAGUUGCUGGUUAGCUGUAAACACUCAUCUGAUUGACUAUUUAAUGACAGCUCAGUGUUUAUAAAGGUUUGGUGAAAGUCACAAUAAAAUGGUAAUGGCUUCCUCUUUGACCAAAUCCCAGUUCCUCUAGAGUUUCUUUCACUUCUGUAUCGCGUCUCCGUGUCCUCUGACCCUGGCUCACUUUGUCUCGCCCUCGUGCUCGAUUCACAAUCUGGUUUAUUUGUCCAGUCGAUCGGUCUUUUCUUUGUUUCCUUACAGAAUGGGACGGCUGACUCACCUUGACUUCACCAUCCUCUUCCUCCUCCAUCUCUGCUGGGGUCAGAGGUCAAACCCAGAUGGUGAGAGGCCGUCCUGCGAGCGCUGCAACCUGCGGCUCUCCUGUAACUGCUCCCACGCAGGGUUCACCCGCGUUCCCACGGUAACAGAUCGAGCCCUGACUCUCGAUCUCUCCUUCAACAACAUCACGGCGUUGACCGGCGACGAUCUGGCGGGACACGCGAGGCUGAGGGCUCUGAGUCUCCACGAUAACAGAGUAAUGAUGAUCCAUCCGUCAGCGUUUGACUCUCUGUGGAGUCUGGAGGAGCUCGAUCUGUCCGACAACCAGCUGACUGCCCUCAACCAUACAUGGUUCAGCAAGCUGGGAGCUCUGCAGCACCUCAACCUGCUCAACAACCCGUACAGCUGCCUGGGCUCUCGUCCGCCGUUUCAGAGCCUGCUCAGGCUGAGGAGGCUCAGCGUCGGAGGCCCUGCUCUGGAGGAGCUAAAGAGAGGAGAUCUGUCCGGAGUCACUCAGCUGGAGGAGCUCACUGUGCACGCCAAUAACCUGAAGAGGUACGAUUCUGGUACUCUUGCAGACAUUUGGCCAUUGGGUCGUGUUACUUUGAGCCUCCACAGUCCAUUUUUGUCAAACGUCACCUUAGCCUUGGCUGUGGUGACGGACGUGUCAUAUCCUGAGACGCCUCUCAUUUUGGAAGACAUCCAUCUCAUUGGGAAUGAGUCAGUUCAGCCCUUCAGAGGGGCAGCAAGGAGAAGAGUCAGGAAAAUUUUUUUCAACAACCUUGCCGUGUCUGAUGAGGCCAUAGUUAACCUCCUGGUGGUGACGGAUGGAGUCCCGCUCACCUGCUUGUCCUUGGAUGGCGUCACACUGACAGGCGAAGGCAGGUGGGAGCGAGCCAGAAGGACGGACCAUAAAAGCAUCGACGAGUUCUUCAUACGAAACACAGUGGUGCUGAAUGUCUUUAAGUUCGUCUCGUUUCUGGAGCUGGGGUUUCUGCUGCAAUAUCCGAGGAAGGUGUCUGUCAUAAACUCGCAGGUGUUUGUGAUGCCCUGUCCCACGUCCCGGCUGCUAGUGAACCUGCAGUACCUGGACCUGUCCGACAACCUGCUGACCGACCUGACUCUGGAGGAGUCACUGUGCAAAGGAGACGGUACACUGAAGGACCUCCGAGUUUUAAACGUCAGCAGAAACGCUCUGAAGUCUCUGUCCCUGAUGAGCAAGCAGGUGACGAAGCUCUCCAAACUGACCCACCUAGACAUCGGCCGGAAUGGAUAUAGCACCAUGCCCCCCAGCUGCUCCUGGCCCUCCACCCUGCGACACCUUAACAUCUCCGGGGCUAAACUUACAACCAUCACCCCUUGUCUACCCGCAACUGUGGAGGUGUUGGAUCUGAGCAACAACAAUCUUAAAGACUUCCUCCUGGUCCUGCCCAACCUCAGAGAGCUGUACCUGUACGGGAACAAGAUACUGAGGCUGCCCCAUGGAUGGCUGUUCCCUAAUCUCCAAGCACUCAUAAUACAGUCAAACACCUUGAACAUGUUCGACCGCUCAGACCUCCUAUCAUACAAACGACUCGAGGACCUCCGGGCCGGUCAGAACAAAUUCGUCUGCUCCUGUGACUUUGUCAACUUCUUCCAGUCGGCCAUUAAAGGAAUUGGAGACAUGCAGCUGGCAGACGGAGAGGAAAGCUACGUCUGCGACUCUCCUCUCUACCUGCAGGGGAAACUGGUUGGUGAGGUCCACCUCUCUGUUGCUGUGUGCCAUCGGGUUUUGUUUGUGUCCGUGAGCUGUGGGGCGGCGCUUUUUGUUGGGAUUCUUCUGUGUGUCCUGCUGUGGCGCCUUCAUGUGUUCUGGUACCUCAAGAUGAUGUGGUCAUGGUUGAAGGCCAAGCAUAGCUCCCGGCGACGGCGGCGGCGACAGGGCGAUGGAACGGAUUCAGAAGGAUUGCUGUCCUAUGACGCCUUUGUGUCCUACAGUGAGAGAGAUGCUAGCUGGGUGGAAAACUUCUUGGUACCCGAGCUGGAGGAGCCAAGGGAGGAUGAAGAAGACUUUGCUAAUCCCAGAGCCAUUCGGCCUCUGACCCUGUGCCUCCACAAGAGGGACUUCCUCCCUGGACACUGGAUUGUGGACAACAUCAUAAGCGCCAUGGAGCGGAGCCGGCGGACCGUCUUCGUCCUCUCUGAGAAUUUCGUCCAGUCUGACUGGUGCCGCUACGAGUUGGACUUCUCCCACUUCCAGCUUUUUGAUGGGACUGCCGCCGGAGACGUGGCCAUCUUGAUCCUUCUGGAACCGCUGUCCAAGGAUGACAUCCCCAAACGCUUCUGCAAACUGCGCAAACUCAUGAGCUCCACCACAUACCUGGAGUGGCCUCAGGAGGAGGAGAGGACCAGGGAGUUCUGGAGGAGUCUCCGCAAGGCUCUGAGGAGAGAUGAUGAAGAAAAUGACUGAGAGCGAACACAAAAGUACAUGUAAGAUCAGGAUAAGGAACAAAAAUGACUACUACCGUUGCUUUUGAAUUGCCAGUUGUUGUUUUUUUGUAAGCUGCCAGGCCUCAGUGUGCUCCAAACAAAGCUUGUAGGAUCAAAAAAAUGCAUCUAAAAUCCCCUCUUUUUGAACCUUGCCAAUGUUCAAAUUUGGGGGGAGGGUUGUCUUGACAAUUUCUGUAACUUUCUAAAACCAACAAUCUGACAUUCACACCCUCUUAAUGCAGUGUUGCCAACCU